CCACCACGUCACCUGCUGGGCCCCAGGUUUCAUUUCUUCUGUGAAGCAUCCUCCAAUUAUUUUAGCCCCCACUACUUAUUCCUUCUUCUGAAAUCUUACUAGAAAUGGCACUGCACAGUUUGGUCCUCACUGUUUGAUGCAUGCGCUGUGUCCCAAAGUAGAGUGUACGUAUAGGAAAUAUUUACUAUACGUGUUAAGACGUGUUCAGUACAAAAAGAUGUUGUCUGAUCCCUUUGUAUUUUGUUUUUCAGGACAGGGGCAGAUUAUGGGCAACAGUCUUUUCCAUUAAUCUGUCAUGAUGGCAAAUGAGGGCUGUCCCAAGGCCAGUGAUAAUUUUUUUUCAUCAGAAAAACAUGCCCAAGUCAUCUUGGCUCAGAUCAAUAAAAUGAGAAAUGGACAGCAUUUCUGCGACGUGCAGCUUCAAGUUGGGAAGGAAACGUUCAAAGUUCAUCGGCUGGUUCUGGCUGCCAGUAGUCCUUACUUUGCAGCUUUGUUCACUGGAGGAAUGAAAGAGUCCUCAAAAGAUGUUGUAGAGAUUCUAGGAAUUGAAGCUGGAAUCUUUCGGAUACUUCUAGAAUUCAUUUACACAGGUAUGGUGAACAUAGGUGUGAAUAACGUCCAGGAGUUGAUUGUUGCAGCAGACAUGCUACAGUUGACUGAAGUUGUUCACCUUUGCUGUGAAUUUUUGAAAGGACAAAUUGAUCCACUCAACUGCAUUGGGAUCUUUCAGUUCUCUGAGCAAAUUGCUUGCCAUGAUCUUUUGGAAUUCACAGAAAACUACAUUCAUGUCCAUUUCUUGGAGGUUCAUAAUGGGGAAGAGUUCCUGGCCCUUACAAAAGACCAACUGAUCAAAAUAUUACGAAGUGAAGAGCUUAGCAUUGAGGAUGAAUACCAGGUCUUCUUAGCUGCAAUGCAGUGGAUUCUGAAAGAUCUGGGAAGGAGAAGAAAACAUGUGGUGGAAGUACUUGACCCUAUUCGAUUUCCUUUAUUACCUCCUCAGAGGCUUUUAAAAUACAUAGAAG